UCCUGCAGAGGAUAAAGAUUGCUAAGAAAACCAGAACAAAAGUGGGCUAUCUGAGGCUGUGUGAGUGACAAUAUAUGAAGUACACGUGGCAACGGGUGAGCUUUGGAAUGCUGGAACAGUAGCAAAUGUCUACAUGUCUAUCUAUGGGGAAAAGGGAGAUACAGGAUCCAGACAACUAUUUAGAUCGAAGACCUCCUUCAGUUUUUUAAGAGGACAAACUGACACCUUCUCCUUGGAAGCUGUGCACCUUGGGGAUUUGUACAAGAUUGUCAUAGGCCAUGAUGGGCUUGGCCCUGGAAAUGGAUGGUUUCUUGAAGAUGUUAUAGUCAAGGAUCCCACAACAAACCGUGAAUACACCUUCUUUUGUCACAGAUGGCUGGAUCAAGGGGAAGAUGAUGGUAAAAUUGUCAGAGAACUGUAUGCCAGGGACUACAAUAUCAUCUCUGCAAGGCAGAAGCUAGAAUUUAAUAGAAAAGAAACAUGGGCUGCAGAAAGCUGGAAGUUUAUGAAAGGAAACACUCUUCAAUUCUACAACAGGCUUACUGGAGGAUUUGUCCGUCUGCAUCCAAAUGGCACAGUUGACGCAGUUGGAAAGAAGACAGACAAAUAUGAGUGGGAGAUAACGGCACUACUCGUGAAGUUUGGAGGUCUCUUUGAUGUUAUUUUCAACAAAGAAAAUAUAUGCAUUUUCCAAAGUCAUAAAAUUAGACAUCUUUCUCUUGCUCUUGACAAUGGCUCUGUCGCUGGAAUGGCUAGUGGUGGAGCCUCCACUAAGCUGCGGGUGCUUUAUCAGCCCAACCGCUGUGCACUUCUUGAGUCAGCACUGGUUCCUGGUCACAUGGUUAUUUUUGAUCAUCAUGGCAAAAUAGCUGAUGAAUCAUCAGCAGGCUAUGCAAACCUUUCAAAAGAAUUUGUGGUUUUUGUCAAGGGUAUGUUCCUCAACAGUGCUGUGAUUCUACUUGCUACGAGUCUAUGCCAGGCCCUGUGUAUCCAGCCCGAUGGAAGCUGCACUGGAGUGGGGAACCAGUCUGAAAAAUCCUACUGGAAAGUACAUAAAAUCAGCUCUGGGAUUUGCAUGUUUGAAAGUGUGAAAAAUGCACAGAUGUAUCUGAGGAUUAAGGAUGGCCAGUGUGAUGGAACAGGUACAGGAGAUAUUGACUGUCAUUUUAAAAUUAAGAAGAACUUGGAAAAUGCAUCUAUAAGCCUGGAAUCUGUGAAGAACCCAGGAUUGUUUGUUGGACUUCAGUCAGAUGGACAGGCAAAACCAGUUAUUUAUACCAAGAACGGAAGUGUUUUCUUCUAUCCACAAGUCAUCAAAUUUGGCAGAGAAGACCCAACGGGUAUAUCUGCAACACCCAGUAAAGAAGAGGAGAAGAUCCGUGGGUCAAAAAAACGGCAAGAAACACCCCCAGAAUCUGAGGCCAGAGGUCCCUUACUUUCUUCAACUGCAAAAGAGAUCAGUGAGACUCUUCUGUCAGAAGAUGAAUGGAAGGUGUUAGUGCUGACAGGAAAUACAGGGACUCAAGCCAAUGUCACACUAUGGGUGUAUGGAGAUGAAGGAGUCACUGGACCAAUAAGUCUUAGCAAGGACAGCUCAGAGCAGCUCUUCCUUCCAAGACAGGAGGAUGAGUUUCAGAUUGAAAUAAGGAACAUUGGAAUAAUAUAUAAGAUAAGGAUUGGACAUGAUGGAACUAGCGAGCAACCUGAGUGGAACUUACAGAGGGUCACCAUGCAACAUAUAAAGAGCAAGAAGACCCUAGAUUUUCCAGUAAAUGUGUGGUUAUCUCGAAUCCAAGGAGAUGGGGACCUUGUCUGUGAGCUUCCUGUAGUAGAAGGAGGGCAAGCUAUUUUUCCAUUAGUGAGAUACCAUGUUGAUGUUCAUACUGGACAAUUGAAGCAAGCAGAAACGGAGUCUGAUGUUUCCCUAUGUCUCUUUGGGGAGAGGGGAGACUCUGGUCUUAGACUGCUGUACAAAUCUAACAUGCCCGUAAAAUUUCAAAGAGGACAGAUUGAUACAUUUCAAGUAGAAGCAGUGUCGCUUGGAAAACUGCAGAAGGUGCUGUUGCGCUGCGAGGCCAGUGACAAAUCACAGUACUGGUAUUGUGAAAAGGUUGUGGUCAGAGAAUCUGGUACUACAUCUGAGUCCACCUUCACCUGUGAAAGAUGGCUUCCCUUUAUGUCUCAGGGAAUAAUUCAUUCAGAAAUCGAACUUUUUCUUCAAGAAAUGCAAAUAAAUCAUCAACCUAAAAUACAAGAGGGAGCAAAUGAAGGAGAUUGGAAGGUGACUGUUAUCACUGGGGAUCUUGAAGAUGCCGGCACCACGGCAACAGUAUCCCUUUCUGUCUAUGGAGAAACAAGAUGUUCAGGUCCUAUUAUUUUGGGAUCUGGGAAACACCAACUGUUUAACUCCAACAGUGCAGAUAUAUUCAAGAUUAAUCUUAAAGAUAUUGGUGAAAUCUAUAAAAUACGCAUUGGACAUGACAACAGAGGAAAGGAUCCCAGGUGGUAUCUGGAAGAAAUUAGACUUGAAAAUAUAGACACACGUGAGCUGUUUUGUCUAACUGUUGAUUCCUGGAUAGCUGAGAAUGAAAAUGGUGGAGAUACAUGGAAAGAAAUGCCUGUCGUGAGAACUAAUAAAGCACCUUUGCCAGUGGUGGCUUAUGAGAUCUACGUAUACACUGGCAGGAAGCCUGGUGCAGAGACAGAAUCUAACGUAUUUAUCAACCUCAUUGGCACCAGAGGAGAUUCGGGGAAUCGAAGACUUCAUCAAUCCAAAAAUAACAAAGUCAAGUUCCAGCGUGGACAGGUUGAUAUUUUUUCCAUUGAGGCGGUGUCUCUUGGAAAAUUGAAGAAAGUUCUGAUUAGUCACAAUGGGAUAGGUCCAGGUAAUGGAUGGUUUCUUGAGAGUAUUGUUGUUAAAUCCGAAGAGGAAGAUGGCAAUCAAGAGGUGCUGUUUCCGUGCAACAGCAGAUGGCUAGAUGAGUACCAAGAUGACGGCAAGACGGAGAGGGAACUGCUGGCAGAGAGAAGCUUCAGUGCAGCAGGAGACACUGGAUCUGUGGCCUCCUGAAGGGGGCCCACUGGGUCUGUGUCUCCACUGAGCCUUCCAAGGCAGUUGAUCUGAUUGUGAUAGUGUACUUACCCUUUCCUUGUCCUGGAGCCCACACUCGGGGAGGAUCAGUUUGUGCUGGACACAUUCAUUGCUUUUGAGAAGCAUCAGCCAACAACUGACCAAGAUCAACCUUUGAUAACUGGGGAGCACAUAUUGUUUCUUCUUUCAGAAACUCUUACACCUGCUAAGUUCACUGAAAUUUUAGGUAGCCUUAGUAGAAUAUAGUCAAAGAGCUACAUAGUAACAUUUGAUUAAUAUAAAAAUACUUUUAUAAAACAUAUGUUAAUUUUAAGGUGGAAAUCUUAUUCUUGGAUAAUGGUAUGUCUCUCUUAGAUUGGUGGUCAUAUAAAGAAGAAAAGGUGAAAAAAAUGAUUGGAUUGAAUUGUGUUCCCACUCUACUUCACACUGGUCCUUGUUGACUCGGUUUUUGGGGAGCUGGUCACUGAGGCUGCAGUGGACAACAGCAAGGCAUUGUACAGGGAACACAUGUCGAAGGGACAUCUUCCAUCUAUGAGUCACUUUCCUUGGUUAGGCUCAAAAACUUACCAACUUGAUGCCACAGGCUGCUUGUUCCAAUCCUUCAAAGUGGCACAUGAGAUAAAACACACUUGCCAGCCUAGGUGAGGCAUGGCAUGACUUUGACAGUAAAGAGACCUCUUUGAAUCGUGAUUCUGCCACCCUGAGGUAAACACUAAAAUCAUCCAUAUUUUGCAGAUGAGGAAACCAAGAGUAGGAAAGGCUCACCUAAGCUCUUCUCCCUUCUUCCUCUUGCCCAAGCUUACCUACUGCCUUCCUCUACACGGUUUUAGGUACCCCGUGAAAUCACACAGAUGGUUCCAAAUCCUGCACACCACCUUCACGGUUCUUGUCAUACACGGGUACCACCUGUACCAUUGUAUACUUAACGUUUUUUUCUUUAAAUUAACUUUAAAUUAGGCUAUUUGCAGAUGGAAGGAACUUAGCCUUGUCCUAAAUUAUAUUCAUAAUAUCGAUGAAGUCAGUAAUGUCAUUACAUUUUUUCCUAAAACGCAUUAAAAUGAAUCUAUACCUAACAAAAAUUUUAGUUAGUCUACGUGCUACCUAAAAUUGUCUUAUAAACAUCCAGUGGGCUUGGCAUAUAGUGAUCAGUAAACAAUGUUUCAAUAAAUAGAACCAUGUUAUCAUGGUUUACCUUUUACCAAUCCAUGGCUAAGGACUAAUCCAGUCCUUAGAAAUGGUACAUUUUACCUCUGAGUCUGAAAACACCUCAAGAAUAGAGCUUCAGAGAAUUGAAGUUGAAAACAGUUUUUGCUAAAGUGGUCAACAGACAACGUUAGGGGUAAGAAUAACCAGUAUAUUUCCUGCAGGCUGUGGGAAAUCAUGAUGAACCACCUCUAACCCUUCACGAUGCUCAUUGCACAGUGCCCGGCACAAAGCAGAUGCUGAAUAAACACACUCAUUUACUAAGUAGAAGUUUGUUAAGCACCUUCUGUGUGCCUGACACAAAGUCAGGCACUGAAGGCAAACUGGCAAACAGCACAGUUAUUUCCCUGCCCUCAGAGGGGCUUCUGCCGCAGCGGGGAACUGAGUGGAUAAUGCCCUAUUGAACACAGACCAAGGCCACUCACUGCUGAAUUGCAAGCUCUCUGGAGGUAAAGAUCACCUGGGCUCCUCUGUAUUUUCAGUUCUUGGCAUGUCGCCUGGCUCAUAGUAAGUGCUUUGCGUCUAUUAAUGCAUGAAUCAUCCCGGCCUUAAAAUACAAUACGCCUUGUAAAUGAUUCCAAUAUUAAAUUAUACCUGAUUCAGCUCA